AUGUAUUCGCAAAUGAGAGCGGCCGUGAUCAACGCUUGCCCGACCCACGAGGGCUGCGACGGCACCUGCGCCGGUGGCCCACCCAGCUCCGCCCGGCCUGUUCUCUUCGGAGCGCCCGCCUCCACCGUGCAGAGGCAACAGUCGGGUCCGGCGUUCACGCACGGCCGCACGCAAGCGAUCACGCUUGGGGAUACUCUCGGCGCCUACCGCUAUACGCGGCUUGCGCCAGGGACCAUCCGCCUACUGAAGGUGCACAAGGCAGUGUUCCGAGACGAUGCAGUCGUGUGCGAGGUUGUCGUCUGCCCGCUGGACGACGCCCCGCAGUAUGCCGCGUUGUCCUACUGCUGGGGGACUGAGGGCAACGAGUGCAAGAUUCUGCUUGUCCCCGAUGGCAAGGUCUUCGCGGCGCGGAGGUCUCUGGAAGCGGCCUUGAAGAGAUUCCGCGCCGCAGCCGACUCUGCACCACUCCAUGCUAGGGAAGACUACCUUUGGGCUGACGCCGUCUGCAUCAACCAGAAAGACAACGUGGAGAAGACUGAGCAACUUCUGAUGAUGGAGCACAUCUACAAGAGGGCCGAAGCCGUGUAUGUUGAUUUUGGAGACGAGCAGCCGGAGUGGCGUUCUACGUAUAGCCUCAUGACGCGGGCCGCGGUCGCUGCAGAGAAAUCGCCGCCAGCGUACGAUAGCCUACCCUCUGAGAAUGACGUCUCGUAUAUGCACUACUGGAGACUAUUCGCGAGGCCGUGGUUCACACGUACGUGGAUUGUUCAGGAGUUCGUCCACGCGAAGCGCGUCAUGGCCAUGCUCGGCCCUUGCAUCUUCUGGUGGUACGAGCUGGAACUGUCCUUCGCUCUUCUAAUCUCUAAGCUUGAGGCUGUCCCGCUUGGCCGCUACGGAAUGUCUGCGGCAGAGCAGACGCAGAUCAGGCGUGGCAUCCAGAAUUACCUUUCCAUUGAGCAGAUACGAGAGAGCAUUGAGGCAGGCCGGCCCAACUCAAUUCGCUUCAUGGAGUUGUCCCGGAGGCUUUGUGUCACCAAGGCCAAGGACAAGAUCUUUGCGCUCCUCUCUUUGUUUCCAGAAGACGAGAGAGCCGCGUUUGAUGACUACUCCAUACCAGCCUACAAGAUCUUUGUUCGCUUCGCCAUCGCCCAAGUUGAGAGGAACAGGGCUGUGCAAACGCUCGAUCAUGCUGGCCUCGCAAGACGGCGUGGAAAUAUCGGAGGGCUUCCGUCUUGGGUACCCGACUGGACAUUUACGAGUGAAACUGACAGUCCGAAGAAAUUUGCCGUUCAGAACAAGUCAUCGUCUUCUGGCUCCGGAUGCCCCCGCGCCCAAAACGGAGCGAUCUCUAACGGCUGCCUAAUUCUCGAUGGCUUUACAAUCGAUACACUACUAGUGGUACAAGACAGCCCAAUAUUUGACCUACGAGCCCGGGGUACAACAAGUUUCUUCGAUCGAGGAGGCAUCAAACGAGCCCGGUGGGCUUUACAAUGGUACCAUGGGCUAUGUGCGUCGGCGUACUCAGACCCCAACCGAGAAUUCGUCAACCUUUUAGCACGACUGUGCAAAGCUGCCGAUACCAACAAAGCAGAAGGUGAUGACGUCCCGACAGUUCCUGAUCUGUUGGAAACGUAUGAGGAGUUCAUGAGCAUGUCGAUCGAUGAGUUGCGGAGGGCCGAUCGAGCGGGCCAUAUGUGGCGUUUCUUGCUAGCUGUGCGGGAGUGUCUGGGGCUGACAUUCUGCAUUACCAACAAAGGAUAUAUGGCACUAGUACCAUCUGUUGCAAAGGCAGGUGACAAGAUCGUCGUCUUUGCGGGACGAGAGGUUCUAUUUCUGAUCAGGUAUGAGCCGGAGAGGGAAGGGGCAUUAUUGGUGGGAGACGUAUAUGUUCAUGGCAUCACAGCCAGCGAUGCGUUAGCAUUCGACGGUGUCUCCAAGACCCAGAUCGUGUUAGAGUAA